UUCUACUAAACCUUCCGGGUAACUCUUUUUAAGACUCCCCAACCUUAUAUUUAUAUAAAAAGCCACUAAACUAGAGUAGUUAUUAAUCAGAAGUUAGUAAACUUUGAGCCUCAAGAUGUAUCCUAACAGAUGUGGAACUAUUUUGGGCCUUAUACUAGUAGCUCUAUGUUGGAAAAGUAAUGCCACCACCACCGAAAUAGCCACCAGCACCACCUCCAGGAUAUCCAUUAUCCGGCCGCCCUUCCCCCCGCGCUGCAUCCUGCUGCCGGUGUGCCUGGCCAGCAGUCCCCGGGUCUGCGGCCGACUGCCCAACGGAGACUGCCAGCGGUUCGGCAACAUCUGCCAGCUCCUGCUGGCCAAUCGGCGUGGCAGCUCGGCCGGAGUGGUCCACACCAGGGAUCUGGAGUGCCGCGGGAUUAGGGGUGUGGGCGCCUCGAAGCGCCGCCCCUGCUUCUAUCCCUGUCCCGCCCGUCCUGUCGCUUGUCGGAGGACUCCCCCCGAGCAGGAGAUCUGCGUCCGGUCGCGGAACGGCCAGAGCUGCAAGGUGCUGGCCAACAGGUGUCAGUUGAACAACCAAAACUGCCACUCCAGGCCCAGGAAUAACUGGCAGCGGACUGAUAGGAGGCUCUGCGGCAACAGGCAGGUGGGCGACAAGCCCGAUGUCUGUCUUCCCAUCAUUAUCUUUCCACCCAGGACUACCAGACCGCCUGUCUAAUAUCUUGACUAAAUUAUAAACUACAUAUAUACUAUAAUAUACAGCCAAUAAAAUGUGGAAAAUAAAUGGAAACUACAAGACAAA